AUGGCAAAAUACAUAAAAGUAUUUAUGGAUAUUACAGCUGACGCAGAACCUAUAGGACGGUUAGUAUUUGAGUUAAAUACCAGAAUCUGUCCAAAAACCAGCGAAAAUUUUCGGAGACUGUGCACAGGUGAGAAGGGAUUUGGCUACAAAGGCUGUCAUUGGUACCGAAUAAUUCCAGGAUUCUGUGCUUGUUCAGGAGACUUUGAAACGCAAAACGAGGAUAGAAAAGGCGGUAAAAGCACAUUCGACAAUAAGUAUUUUGAGGAUGAAAACUACGAUAUUCUACACAAUAAAAGAGGUAUCCUCUCUAUGGACAAUUUUGGAUGGCCUGACACUAAUUCUAGUAGAUUCUUUGUCACGUUUACCAAUACGCCAUGGAUGAAUAAUUUCCACGUUGCAUUCGGAGAACUUGUCGACGGUUUUGAUGUAUUGGAUAAAAUGGAGAGUUACGGAAUAAUAGAAGGGUAUGGUGCUCAGAAGGGUCGAACUACAAAACUGAUUGUCACCGAAAACUGUGGACAAUUAUGA